AUGCAAAAGAAGAAUGACUGGAACAGGAAUGAGCGACGGGUCGACAAAGGCAGCGUCAGUGGCAGUUCAGUUGCCGAACGGCUCAAGCAUUUGGAAGGAUUGUUGACCAUCGUGGCUCAACAGCGAGAUCCCAUGGCAUCACUGAGCAUUAGCGACGAGACAUUGACAGUUGGGAAUGGUAGCGCGUCUAUCGUUACCCCUGCCUCUAUCGAGUCUAGAGGUGUUGGCAGCAACAACGCGAUGCCCCCAGGAUUAGCGGACCACGUUGACUCAAGCCAUUGGUCCUCCAUAUUAGAGAACAUCAAGGCGAUCCGCCAAGAACUUCCCUAUGACAGUCCACAAGACAAAGAGCAAGUCUUGUCCAAAAAGUCGCCUGGCGUUAGCCCUGGAGCACCUGGGAGGAUGAGUCCAGACUUGGAUUUUGGAUCUUCUCAAGGAGUGAGCCAUGAAGGUAUUCUGGCAACAUUACCCCCAAGACAAGUAUGCGAUACUCUAAUAUCCAUGUUUUUCAGGUGGCACUAUACCAUGAUGCCAGUCUUGCAUCCUGUCAAGUUCCAGCGCGAGUACGAAGCCUUUUGGAAAGCACCAAGAGAUACCUCCACCAUAUGGAUCGCUCUGCUCUUCGCUCUACUAAGUUUAGCGACAGGCGUAUACGAAGCUUCAGGCAUGGUCCUUCCCUCCUCUGUCCCAGUUCCAUCUAGUAAAGAUUUGUCUACCAAGACACAGCAAUGUCUUCUCCUCAGCAACUAUAUCUCGUCUACGGAACACGCCGUUGAAGUCCUUCUGCUGCACCUGGUUGGCUGCUCGCUUCGAUCGAAGGCGUCUGACACCAACCUUUGGUUUCUUAUGGGACGGGUAGUACAGCUUGCAAUAAGCAAAGGCUACCAUCGCGACUCGUUCAAGGUACCCAACGAGAACAUUUCUGCUUUCGAUGGCGAGAUGAGACGUAGAGUUUGGGCUUGUAUAUAUCAGCUUGAUUCCCUUAUAUCAUUCCAGCUAGGGUUUCCUAGCAUGGUACCUUCGGAAUCUUGCGAUACAGAACUCCCCAGGAACCUGGACCAGAACCAAUUGCAUCCCGACAUUACAGAGCUACCGCCGUCCAGACCUCUGUCGGAAAACACCACGAUCCUUUAUUCCAUUGUGAAAGCGUCGGUUAUGGCCAAGUUCAAGCAAGUUGUCAAGCAUACACGAUCUCCCGCUUCGCCUUCACAUGAAACCACAAUCACUCUUGACGCAGAGGUCCGCCAAGUGUAUGCAAACAUCCCUGAUCACUUCAAGUACAAACCUCUUACGAACUUCCUCACAGAGGAGGCGAGUGUUAUCUUGACUAGAACUACGCUCGAAAUUUUGCACUUGAAGAGUAUCAUUGUUCUUCAUCGUCAGCAUCUGAUGCAUCGACAAGAUAGUCGUUCUGAUCCUUCCAGAAAGGCUUGUCUGGAAGCAGCUAGGCGAUUGCUGGAGAGACAGGCAGAGAUGGACCGAGUUACGGAAACUGGUGGUCAGCUCCACGAUAUGAAGUGGAUGAUCACGACCUUAACACUCAGUGACUUUACGUUGGCGGCGAUGGUGAUCUGCUUAGAUCUGACAAUGACUAUUCGGCUCGGCGCAGAUUAUCCUCCUAGCCCAGCUGCCUAUCAAGAAGUACAGGGGUACUUGGCAAUCAUUCAAAAUGCUCACAAGAUAUGGGUUGUUGCUGGAGACCUUUGCUCCGAAGCACGUACAGUUGCUCACGCUUUGGACUCCACAAUGGAACGCGUAAACGACUUUUUGAGUACAUCGUCUCUACCAGCGGAUUCCGGAUCAUGGCAGACUCUGGAUGCAGAGUCAUCGAGUAGCCUAACUAAUGAUUCUUUAUACCAGAUCAACGAUUUGGAUAUGAUGGAUAGUAUUGACUGGACAUUCAUCGACAAUCAGUUCCAGGACCCAAGUAUCAAUGAAAUUGACCUCGACAUGUGGCUCAUGGAAACAGCUGGGCCUUUGUAG